AUGUCUGCAGCUGUCAGUGCUCCCCUAAAUGCCGAGCCCUCACCGCCUCAAGAACGCGCCGACCAUAAUUUACCGCCAAAAUCAUAUGCCGAAGCAACCGCCAAUGGAAGUGAUGGUACGGCUGGAGGAAUGGCAUUCCAAGCCAACGGUGCAGCAAGCCUAAAUGAUGUCAAUGGCUCUACAGAGGUCAAUGAGCUAAAACAAAACAUCGAUGAUGGACGUGUUCUCUACAAUAAGCACAUUAGCCAUAAUGGAGAGAAGUUGACAAGUAUCAAACCGGAUGAGACCUAUGGGGAUGGACGCAAGCACGAUACGAAACUCACGACGAAGGCAAGGGAGAGAACAGGAAAUAAGGAAGAUGCCGAUAAUGGAAAACUUGCCAGCGGUCGACGCGCCGGUGCAGGAUGGGAACGAUCGGCCAUCCGUUGGGCACCUCUUAAUGUUCCACUCCAACGACGACUUCAGACACUAGUGGUGCUCUGGCACACAAUGUCUAUACCAGUCCUUACGACGAUCUUCCUAGCACUAUGUGCCAUUCCCAUAGCCUGGCCCUUGGUCAUUCCCUACCUCGUAUACAUCCUCAUCUACAGCGACGAGGCAACUUCGGGAACUCUUUCUCGACGCUCAAGUAGAUUGCGAAGAAGCAAGAUAUGGUCAUUGUUUGCGUCGUACUUUCCUGCACGCUUGCAUCGGACAGUCAAGCUAGAACCAACAAGAAAAUACAUUUUCGGCUAUCAUCCGCAUGGUAUUAUUAGCCAUGGUGCAUUCGCAGCCUUUGGCACCGAAGCAUUAGGAUUCUCUGAUCUGUACCCGGGCAUUACAAACAGCUUGCUGACCUUGGAUUCGAAUUUUCGUCUGCCAUUCUAUCGGGAUUAUGCUCUCGCGCUCGGUCUAGCUUCAGUUUCCCGUGAAAGCAUUGAGAAUCUGUUGUCUAAGGGCGGUGCUGAUGGUUCGGGUAUGGGUCGCGCUGUCACCAUUGUCGUUGGUGGCGCAAAAGAAAGUCUCGACGCUCAGCCUUAUACCCUCCGCCUUGUGCUCAACAGCAGGAAAGGGUUUGUGAAACUUGCGAUCCGCGUAGGCGCUGACCUUGUUCCAAUCCUUGCGUUUGGCGAAAACGAGCUCUAUGAUCAGGUCGACAGCGAAGAACAUGUCUGGAUUCACAAGUUUCAGAUGUUGGUUAAAAAGGUUAUGGGCUUCACUGUCCCACUAUUUCAUGCCAGAGGUGUUUUCAAUUAUGAUGUUGGGCUGAUGCCAUAUAGACGAUCAGUCAAUAUUGUGGUGGGACGACCAGUGAAAGUAGUGCAGCAGGGUGGGAAAGAUGGAAAGGUGGAUGAGGCAUACCUUGAUGAGGUACAUCGGCUGUAUGUGGAUGAGCUGAAACGAUUAUGGGAGAGUUACAAGGAUACGUUCGCUCAAGAGAGACAGGGAGAACUGGAAAUCGUCGAAUAA